AUGGUAACCGAUGGAGGAGAGUUGACAAGGACAAGAUCCAGGUCGACAGAUCAUACAGAACGUCUGGAACCGCAAUUGCUUCGAGCAGCAGAAAACGACAAUGUUGAGAAGUUACGCGAUCUGCUUGCCAGCGCAAGGCUCAAAGGCCAGCUCCAAGAGCAUCAUCUGCGCAUUGCGUUGAUGAGGAGUUCGGAAAAGGGGAAGGUGGCUGCAACGAAAUAUCUUCUAUCUGAAGGGGCACCUCCUGACGGUGCUCCUGGAAAUCGACUUUCUCCCCUCCUGCGCGCCGUCGAUCGAAAUCACAUCGCAAUAGUCGCAGCACUACUCGAGCAUGGCGCAAAUCCUGAAACUUCGGACAAAAAGGGAAGAAAUGCGCUGAUGACAGCUGCCUGGAAGAACCACUACCACAUUCUCAAUUCGUUGAUCAAGCAUGGAGCAGAUGUGAAUGCAAAGGAUUUGAGGGGAAGGAAUGUGCUUCACAAUCUGGCCGCCGAUAAAUGCAACAACUGGGGGGACGACGUCAUUGAAGUGCUUCUGAGGCAGAAUAUCUAUAUCGACGACGAGGAGGGUCAAGACGAAUUGCAAAGGACACCACUUCAUUGGGCGUGUGUAACUGGCAAGAAGCGCCUAGUCGAGCAGCUUUUGACCCGGCCUAAAGGGCCAAGGGCGAAGAUAGAUGCGGUUGAGGUCAGAGAGAAGACUGGUCUGCAUCUUGCCUCUGCACAUGAUCGUGACAAUAUCGUGGAAUUCUUAAUCUCGAACGGAGCGAACGUACAUGCUCGAAGUGAUGGUGGGUGGACACCUCUACACAAUGCCUGUGCGAUUGGCUCAGAGAAGAUUGUUCGUCUUGUUGUAGAAGCUGGCGCAGAUGUCAAUGGGAAGCUUCUCAAUGGGAUGACGCCGUUGCACCUUGCCGCGGAGGGUGGGCAUUUGUCUGUUGUAAAUUAUCUUCUGACAUUCAAACAUCUGAAGAGAGCCGCCCGAGACACGUUCGGCAGCACACCGUUUUUACGAGCAGCCCAGAAUAAACGCAAAGACAUUGUCAGUCUUCUCGCACCUUUCAAUAACCUUGAUAGUUUAUCUUCAGAUGCGCUAGGAGCAUGUAAUGGAUUUAAUGCAACGAUCGUUGACUUCGGCGAUUUUCGUAACGAGAAUAAAGUCCAGCGGAGAACAGUCUUUGAGCUUUUGUAUGGGAGGGAUUCUGUCAAUCCUCGUAAACCUGCCAUGACCAUCCGACCCGAUAAUAAGGCAGCCUCUUUUCGAUGGAUACAUCUUCCUGCGAACAAUAUGGCAUGGGUUGAAGCGCUGUUGACAAAGUUGUUCAUUGAAGAGGGCGCGAGUGAUAUCGAAGGCUUUAAAGCUCUUGAGAGGUCUUUCAGCCACCAGCAUCGUGGGCAACAAUCACACUCACACUUCAUGCGACCGUUAUGUCAGAGUACGCCUCGAGCAGUCAAAGUCGUGGAAGCUGAUGCGAAGGACGAGAAUCCGAGGCCACUUCCCCCUCCUCCUACGAUUGUUGUCAACGGGGCUGCAGAUGCUCGCUCGGUUACGACACCUCGGACUCCCACACGGGGAUCGACUUCCGCUUCUGGGGAUGACUGGCUGAAAGAUACACCAGGCUCUGGAAAAGAGCAUGGAAAAGGGUCACAAAAGGAGAAAUCCAAGAAAGGCCAUGACAAAGCUCAAACCAAGGGGAGCAAGUCUCCGAAAAUUGGAAGCGACAACGCGACCCCUAAGAACUCGAAAGAACAGAGAAAGGCAACUUAUUUGCACCAGAGCAAAGCCCCUCGUUCUCCAAGUGCUUCUGGUCGACGAGAUGCUCCGCUUAUGCUGAAGGAAAACGUUUAUACCUUUAUGCCAUAUUUGCAUUUUGAAACAAAUCAGAAAUGUCAGGAAAUGCAGCGUGCUGUAAAACAAGCUGAAAUGAUGAGGUCGUCAGCCCCUCGCAACCUCAGCAGGGCGAAAACCUUUGAUGAAAUGCUGAUCCGUGCUCACCUCACAUCGUCAACCGUAUCUCUGCACAUACGGCGUACCUUGGAUCAAUCUUUCUAUCACAACAUUGAUACGAAGUGGCGGGAUCUAGAUCAGGUUGUGUAUCGAUAUCAGCUAAAAGAUACAGAGCCCAAUGAACCGUGUGAUCCCAAAAUUGUCAUGGUAGAUCAAUUAUGGAUGUGGGUGCUUGGAAAAGACCUUGUUGUUACCUCAUUUCCCCAACGUUGGCAGCAGCCUAAAAACGAUCCCUUGAAUGUUCUUGAUAGUAUCAUCGAAGAUAUCAACGACAAGACCCGAGACCCUGUUAAAUCUGUUUAUGACCUCGCUAUGAUUGUCACUAGCAGAUGUACCGGAGUAUUCGAUCGACAUCGGAUGGGUGAUGAAGACUACCAAUUUCUUGACAUGUUCGAAUCAAGCAUAGGCAACGCCACAGACAAGGAAACUUUGCUCUUUAAGGAAUUCAAUGAAGCAAGCGCGCAGGCAUCUGCUUGGCUGCAGCAUAACCGUCGACUAAACCGACCUUCUCGAAUUAUGCAACCUGCCUCCUAUGCUUAUUCAAAAACUCAUGAUCCUGCGAAGUCCUCCUCUGAACCAGACAUCCAUAACUUUGAGGAUUUUAUUCGAGGCCCAAUGUUCGUCGAUAAACUCUUAGAUAUUGGGCAAGAGACUGAUCUUCUUGCCGAGACGAAGGAUAUUCGGGACGAACUGAACAUGAUCAAAAAGGUCCUUGAAGACCAACAAUCCGUCAUUCCUACCAUCGAGGCCGCAAUCCUCGACAUCUAUCAAGAAGAGAAACGCAAUCAGCAAGAAGUUAAAAAGCGGUUUGCCGAGCAAAUGAAAACUGUGUUAACUCACAUCAAGGAUAUAGACCGAAUGGACAAACAAGCAGAGCGAAUAUAUGCCUCCGUAACGGACAUGCUCGACUUGAAACAAAAACACGCAAACGCUUUCGAAGCCCGCUUUGCUCGCGAUCAGGCUACAAGCACAGCGCGUCAAAGUCAAACGGUAAUGGUUUUUACCAUCGUCACGAUUGUAUUCUUGCCAAUGUCCUUUAUCGCUGCUUUCUUUGCUAUUAACAUACGCGAGUUCCAACAACGUGAUGGCGGUCUAGGCCUUGGAUACGUUAGCAAAUACAUGUUCGGCAUUGGUCUCUCGAUUUCAAUCCCUAUGAUAUUUGUAGCGUUCUACCUGGAUGAUAUUGGCGAAUUCCUUCGACGUCUUAGGAACUGGAAUUCUGAAAGGAAACGUCUCAAAAGGCAAAGGCAUUAUUCUGGUAACGGUGAAGUAGAUGGACUUAACCUGGGCAUUGGUAUUUCCGGUUUAGAGGCUAUGCGUAUGGAGCAAGUCCUAAGUGUACGGAAGAGUGCCGACACGGAGUGGGUUCGUGAGAGACUUAGCAUGGGUCAGCGGCCGGCGACGGCCAGGAGCUCAAUUAUCCGCCCAGUGAUGAAGAGGGAGAUUACUGGGUUUCGGAUGCGAGAGAGCGGAGAUAUUGAGCGUGGAAAUCUAUAA